AUGGCCACCCAGGAGGCAGCGCAAUUGGGCCCCGACAGCCUGCGGACCGCGAUGACCAUCGCCGCACUGCUGGUCGAGCAUCAGGCCGAAGAGACGGUCGUGCUCGACGUGAGCCGGCAGAGCGGCUGGACCGACUAUUUCGUGAUCGCGACCACGCGCAGUCACGCCCACCUGCGCGGUGUGCUGCGUCACCUGGAUGCCGCGCUGCGCCGGCUGGGUCACGCAGGCCGGGAGCCCGCCGGGCACAGCCUGCGCCGGGCACCGGACGACAGCGGGUGGGUGCUGGUCGACCUGGGCGAUGUGGUGGUCCACCUCAUGACGGACGAGCAGCGGCGUUUCUACGAGUUGGAGAGGCUCUGGUUUCGCAGUCCGAUCGUGUUCCGUGACGGCGCUUCGCCAGCGGCCCCCGGCGCGCGGCCGUAG